AUGCAGAAAAUAUUCUUGCUCCUCUUCUCGAUACUCUUCGUGUCGUGCGUGUCUGCCGAUGCCCUGGACGACGCAAUCGCCCUCUUCAAACGUCAAAGUGUUGCAUUGUCCACUGGCGGCAGCGAUUCUUCGAGCCCAUCUUCCUCACCGACAUCCAGUGAGACUAUCUCCAGCUCCGAGUCUUCGACCCCAAGUACCACACCUCCGUCCAGCUCGCCCUCUGUCACUGAUGAAACCUCUACCAUUACGACAAGUGUCAGAUCCACAACCUCGACUGUCACCGUAGAGACAACGUCGACGUUCACCCCCUCAUCAAGCUCUUCGCAGUCAUCCGAAUCUUCCAAUGAAACUCCCCUGACCACUUCGAGCACCUCGUCUGCGUCUCGGACGUUGAUCACCACUUCAUCCUACUCUGAAGUCGUCACUACAAUCACAAGUGUCAAAGGAGGAAGCACCGUACACGUUACAAGCACAGGUAGUAGUGCUUUCCCUGUCACGACAAGUGUCGACCCUGCCUCUUUGACCAACGGCGGUAAUGGCAACGGCGGCAGCUCCGGUUUGAGUUCAACGGCCAAGAAAACUAUUGGUGGCGUUGUUGGAGGUGUUGGAGGAGCUUUGCUUCUUGCCGGGCUUGCCUACACUGCCUGGCGUAUCUGGGGCAAGAAGAAGACCCUUCACGACGAUGAUCUCUACGAUCCCAACGUCAACCAAGACAAAUUGAGUGCCACCACUGGAUCUGAGAGCACGCCAUUCCAACGAACCCUGGACCAAUAUCACUCUCCUGGGCCAGUCAACACAGCUUCCAACUUUUAA